UUUUUUGCUGCAUCUUCUCGUACACGUUUGUAGGGCAACAGCGGGAUAAUUCGCAAAUAGAAGAACGAUAUUGGUUGUGCAAAAUAUAUCGCUUCGAUAGAUUGAGGCAGCUGGUGUACCGUAACGGCUAAUAAGUAGUGUAACAAGAAUAAGCUUCCGUCUUCCCGACGCACACUAAAUCAUGCCGCGAGGAAAAUACGUAAACCAUAAGGGGCGCAACCGCAACUUCACGAAUCCGGAAGAACUAGAAGCACAACGUAAGAAGGAUGAGGAGGAAAAAAAAUGGCGCAAGACACGAGAACAAGGCUCGGAAGAUGACGAAGACGACGAGGAGGACAAUGAGGACGGCGAUGAAGAUGAUUCGGAUGAGUCCGAAUCCGAUGAUGAAAAUGCAAAAGGUGCACAGUCGGUAAUACAGAUUCAAAACCCGAACCGUGUGGCGAAAAAGUCGCACCGAAAGGUGAACGAAGUGGACGAGGACGAAGAACCACAGUUGACACGUCGGGAGAAGGAAGAGUUGGAAAAGCAGCGGGCAGCGGCGGCGUACCAGAAACGGCACGCAGAAGGUAAAACUGCACAGGCAAAAGCUGAUCUGGCACGAUUGGCAAUCAUCAAACAGCACCGUGCAGAAGCAGCGGCCAGACGUGAGGCUGAAAAGAAAGAUAAAGAAUCCAAAAUGAAGAGCACCGCAUCUUAGAGCAUAUCCAUUGGCAGCAGCUGUAGGGUUAUGGCAUUCGAGAUGAAUUUUCGUACGCACCUCUAGCUUCGCGAUUAAUACUGAUCACAUUGUACUGUCCCAAUUUUUUGUGAGGGCGGAUGAAUGUAAUGUGAUUCCCGUCUUGGAGCCAUUUCAGCUGACCACAAUCCCUAACUCCUAGUAGAUAAGUCGAUAAUGCCGUGAAACGUUCUUUUUCACUUCUUUCCCUAGAAGUUCAGCUAGAGUGUUGUACAUCGAUACGCAGUAAAGAUAAUUGUACGAUAAAUAUAAAAUUCUAAUCGGC